CGCACUGCCUUAAUUCCAGCCAUUUCUUGCAGGAAAAGUAAUUAGCAGGAAUAAAGACUGAACAGUUUUUUUCUCUCUCCCCCUUCAGUGUCGUCAAACCCCACUUUCGCCUCUUCCUGCACCGAGCCAGGGCACGCCGCGGUCCGCGUUACAACCAAAUACUCCUCCAAAGGCUUUAAAAGACUGAAAAAAAGACAAGGAUAUACCUCUACACUUCAAAGAACGACCUAAUCUAAGCUAACUGACCAAAUGGAAGUAGGCGAAUGGGAUCUGUAACCACGACGCCCGUCCACUGGAAUACAAAGCGAGAGUAACGCGGACGGACAAACGUCAGGGUGGGAUGAGUGUGUCCAAUAACUGGGAGGAUGGAGUGCUGUGACUCUGUCUCAGAUGAUGGAGCCUCUGGCCCUUACACAAACCAGCCUUCAGGGUUCUGCAGCCCAACAUCCAGCCUACUCCACCUUCCUAGAGACAAAACCUCUCACCAGAGCUCGGCCACACAGUGUGAACCAGGGUUGAGGAGGAGAGUGGUGGAGAACGACGCAGAGGUAGAAGGGACGACACUUGGAGACGUUUGUGAACGUGGCGUUGGUGCAGAGCAGGAUGAUGAGUAUGCUGUGGGUGAUCCUUCAAAGAAAAGAGGGGAGAUAAGGGAAAGGAUUGAUGAGGAGGAUGAGGGUAUUGAUGAGGUAGAAUGUCAGAUUGGAGAGAUUGUCUACCAGGCUGAUGGUUCUGCUUAUGUCCUGCAGAGCCAGAGUGAGCUGCCAAGGGGAGUGGUUCCAUCAUCCUCUCAUCCCCCCAUUAUUAACACAUGCCAUUAUUCUUCCUCCCAGAGCUCUGCCUUGAAGAGCUUCCAUGUCUUCCAUCUGCACCACCCCAAGAACUGGUGCCACCUGCCUGGAGAUAUUCGUGCUUUGCUGUCCCGCCAAUCCAAAGAUAGAGCUCCUGCCAGGACAGGUCUUUCUGAAGCAGAGCAGGUGCCAUUUAGUAGAGCCAAACCCAUUCUGUUGUGCUUCUUGUGUCGACUGUCGUUCAAACGUGUAAGUGCGUUUAGAGGUCAUGUUUCACAACAACACAGUGUCACACUUAGCAUAGAAGAACAGGGCCUACUCUCGCUCCAGGACACUUGUGCCAUCUUGCAGCCUGUUGGCUCCAGCCACCACCCACUUCUCAGCUUCCUAGAACCAAAAACUAGCAGUGUGCAUGCUGUGUCAACCCAGUUUGCAACCACAACCCAAGGGCACAACACAGCGGGCAUGCUAAGUCAGGAGGAGAGGGAGAACCUCCAGGUCUCUGAGCCGGGUCUCCCUUUUCAGCCCUCUCUACCCAGAGCUCCCCUUCCUACCUCAGCGCUAAGCCCUGCCAAAGACCCUUCAACCCUGGGCAGAGAGGGCACACAGAGGAACAAUGACAACGAUUUGAGGAAAGAUGACAGAAGUAGCAGAGAAGGAGAGGAGAGUUUGAGUUCAGAGGUAGUUUGCACUGCGAAAGACAGUGUGAGCGGUGUUAGCAGCAGUGGCAGACAAGAGCACGUUAGUGAAGAGGCUCUUUCAAACCAAAGCAUUCCCAAAUCUCCCAACUCCGUCACAUUAGCAACCAGCUUUAUGAACAACACCAAAUCUCUUACAGACUCUGAGUUAGAGUGCGGAACAAGCUUUAACUGCCACGACCCUGCUCCAGUUUCCCCCAGUGUGCAAACCUCACCCACAGCCUCUACUCCAAAAGACCUUGGCAACCAAGAGACCGCAAUGGGAACAAAACCAAACGACCUGUCAGAAAACGGCAGUGCCAUGACAAAUGAACCAAAUGGCAGGCAGUGCAAUGACAAGCUGGCUUACUCUGACCUACCCAGUAGCCAUAAUAACUCUCAGUCGCCAGUGACCCAGCCUAUUAGAUCUCCACUUGAAGACGUUCAAGCAGAUGCUGGGUCUAGAGGAGCUUUCUUGGGCGAUGGUGGUCUUGUCGGACGGGAUGGCAUGCAAGGAUCUUCUUACUCGUUUGGGGGGCAAGUGAUUAUGACACACUCAAGAAACUCUUGCAAGACACUGAAGUGCCCAAAAUGCAACUGGCACUACAAGUACCAGCAGACCCUGGAGGCCCAUAUGAAGGAGAAGCACCCAGACACUGAGGAAGGACAGUGCCCUUAUUGCAGCAGUGGGCAGAGCCACCCUCGCUUGGCUCGAGGGGAGACAUACACCUGUGGGUACAAGCCUUUUCGUUGCCAGGUGUGCCAGUAUUCCACCACCACCAAAGGCAACCUGAGCAUCCACAUGCAGUCAGACAAACAUCUCAACAACAUGCAGAAUUUGCAGACGCAGACCCGUCCGCAGGCUCCAAUAUCCCAGCCUAGCCCCCUGCCCCACACGCCACCAAUCCAAGCCACCACUCCUUCUCCAUCUAAGAUCCAGGGGCGUGCAUCGUGGCGAUGUGAAGUCUGCGACUAUGAGACAAACGUAGCGCGAAACCUUCGCAUACAUAUGACCAGCGAGAAACACACACACAACAUGCUCCUCUUGCAGCAGAACCUGGCCCACAUGCAGCGCCAGCGCCGUCACAAUGCCACCGAGCUCUACCGUUACUGCCAGGCCCAAAGUAAGCUGCCUGACCCCAGUCUGAUUCUGCCACCUGGUGACAUCCUGCAAGAGCCUUCCCAGAACCAAGAAGAUGGCGAUCCGCCAGAAGGGCUGUUUGAAUGUGUUCUAUGUGGUCGCUUCUUCUCUGAUAGUCUGGAAGCUCUUAGUCAGCACCUGGCCGCACAGCGCUCGCUGCCUGAUUCCGAAUGGAGGAGCUCAACUGGUGACGCCCAUCAUUGCCGACUUUGCCAUUACGCCACUCCCUUGAGGGCCAACUUUCAGCUGCACUGCCAGACCGACAAGCACCUCCAGCGCUACCAGCUAGCAGCACAUCUGCAAGAAGCCAGCAGCAACCAUGGAAAUUCAGAGGAGGAGGAUGAGUGGCUGCUCAGGUGUGUCGCUGCUGGUGUCCAGGUGCAGCUGAGGUGUAAUGCAUGUAACUACGAAGCCAACAGUCUGGAGAAACUCAAACUCCACACAGUGAGCUCCAGACACGAGGCUAGCCUGAGGCUGUACAAGUACCUGCAGCAGUCUGAAGCCACUAUGUCGGAUGGUGUGUGGCUGCACUGUGUGCUGUGUGAUUACUCCACCCAAAACAGCCUCAGCCUCGUGCAGCACUCCAAUUCGUUGAGUCACCAGAGAGGGGAAGGAUUAUUGCGACUGCAGCGAAUCCAGAAAGGCUUAAAGGAUGAAGAGGAGGAGCUUGGUGCCAUCUUUAAGAUCAGAAAGUGUCCUGCACAAGAAAACGGAGAUGUGAAUGAGAUGGAGUCACCCACUGAGAUUACUGCUGACCAGGAGGAGCAGACCAAACACACAGACAGAGAAGGGGAGGAAACAGAAACAUCCAUUUAUGUGGAAAAAAGGCAGAGUGAGUCCUGUGCCAGUCCCAAACGCCCUCUUUCUGCAUCUGGAGACAGUGAUGACUCUCCUCCUCCAAAACGGCCUCGAGCACAAGAGGACAUCUCCUCAGAGCAGGUGCGGCAGUGCCCGUUCUGUCGAUUCUGUCACGCUGAUAUUGCCCGUCUGAGGAGUCACGUAAUGAUACAGCAUGCUGUGCAGCCCACUCUCCGCUGCCCGCUGUGCCAGGACACCCUGCGCAGUGUCGCUCUUUUGCGCACUCACCUCACACACCUGCACAGCGUCACCGCAGACUGCACACAGAAGCUCAUCAACACGGUGAUUGCCUCAGAUGUGCUGCCAGACAAGAUGUUCCUACCAGUGCAAGACGCCAGUGCCCAGCAGAUGAAGGCAGAUUCCAGCUGUAAUGGAAUGAAGACAGUUGAUGAACGAAGUGAAGAUGAACAGGAUAGAAUGGCUACCAGUCAACCAGAGGUAUCAAAAAAUGAAAAGCAGCCUUUAGAAGAUGCAGAAUCCACCAAGGAAAACACUGCUGCCUUCCCCUGCUGGCAGAAAGGCUGUAACAAAGUCCUUACUUCAUCUAGUGCUCUGCAGACGCACGUCAACCAUGUUCACAGCCAGAAGCCUCAAAAUCCGAUUUCUGAUCGCCACGUCUACAAAUACCGUUGCAGUCAGUGCAGCCUUGCCUUUAAAACUGCAGAAAAACUGCAGCUGCAUUCUCAAUACCAUGCCAUUAGGGCUGCCACCAUGUGCUGCCUCUGCCAUCGCAACUUCCGUACACUGCAGGCCCUGCAGAAGCACUUGGAGACUAGUCAUCUGGAGCUGAGUGAGGCCCAACUGCAGCAACUCUGUGGAAGUCUGCUUAUGACUGCAGACCUUCUAGGCACUGAAGGCCUUGUUGAAGAACAGGGAACACUUGAAGAGGAGAGAGUGAAAGAAGAUGAAGAAAGUGAUGUUGAGGAGAAAGUAAAUCCUGUGGAAAGUGAUGUGGGUUUAGGCAGAGAGGAGGUUGAAGCAAAUUCUAAGCAGGCUGUAAUUCCCCACAGAAAAGGCCCAAACCUUUCAACUGAGAAGUUUCUGGAUCCAUCAAGACCUUUUAAAUGCACAGUCUGCAAGGAAUCUUUCACCCAAAAGAACAUCCUCCUGGUACACUAUAACUCCGUCUCCCACUUGCACAAAGUUAAGCGCUCUGUGCAGGACUCUUCCACUGGUCUGCCAGAGACUGUCAGCAGCAGCACUACCACUGACCACAAACCCUUCAAGUGUAGCAUUUGCAAUGUAGCCUACAGUCAGAGUUCCACCUUAGAGAUCCAUAUGCGAUCUGUCCUACAUCAAACCAAAGCUCGUGCAGCCAAACUUGACUCAUCAGGAGCUAACCCAGCUCCUGUUAACUCUAUGCUUGGUAAGGCAUUUUCCUUAACUGGUAAUACAGCAGUUAACUCCCCCACAGCCUCGAAAUCCAUGACUGCUAUGAACUCAAGUGGCACUUCAACUCUCAGCCUGAACCACCAACAGGGCACUGAAGACAAUGUGUCGUCAAGCCAAAAUUCCAGUCAUUCCUCAACAAGCGAAGAGGCCAAGACUAAACACUUAGUUGACAUGAUGGCUUCAACCACUAAGCAACAGCAGAAGAUGUUACAACAACAGCAGCAGCAGUUAGUGCAAGCCCAAGCUCAGAUUCAGCAGGAACUUCAGAAGAAAGCAGCUCUCCUUCAGUCGCAUUUGUUCAAUCCAGCACUUCUUCACCACUUUCCCAUCUCAACAGAUGCUCUCCUUCCACUGCAGCAGCAACAGCAGCUGCUUCUUCCUUUUCUCAUCCCAGGAGGGGAGUUCCAGAUUAACCCUGAGCUAAAUGUAAAAAGCCCAGGCUUAAACAUUAGCACAGCAAAAGCUGUCCCAUCAGAAGAUUGCUCUGAGUCGGCACAACAGGCUAGCCUUUCAUCUUCUUCUAAACAGACACUAAACAGAGAUGUAUCUCAUAUGCCUCUUCAGUCACUCUCUGUGGCUCCUGAGAAGAAACUUCCUGUUCUUCAGCAAGCUAAUGGACAGAUAUUGACCCCUGAUCCUGAGAGUAACAAAGGCAUGGAUUUACAAAGCAAUAACAAAGCAACAAGUGAGGUGGAUGAGUCAGCCUCUCAAGAUAAUAUGAAUAACUUCAAAGCACAAGAAGACCUUGAUGAAGAGGUUUCCAGCAGUGGAGAAUUUUUCACAGUGUUCAUUCCACCACGAGUAGCUCAUAAUGCUCCUGGAAAUGUUUCCAAAGCAUUGCUGGAGAACAUAGGAUUUGAGUUAGUCAUGCACUUCAAUGAAAACAAGCAACAGUGUCAAAAGACUGAGGUCCUACCAAAUGAAGAGACUAUGUCCAACGCCAAAGAGGAGGAUGAUUCUGAGGUCAAAGGGAAGCUGGAAUGCGAAUCCUGUGGGAAGCUUUUUUCAAACACAUUGAUACUGAAAAGUCACAAAGAGCACAUCCAUCAGUCCAUUUUUCCAAUACAGUCAUUAGAGAAAUUUGCCAAAGACUACAGACAACAAUAUGACAAACAAUUUCCAUGUAGGCCUCCAACUCCUGAGGCUUCUCCGUCUCCACCUUCUCCUACUACACCUCCUCCUCUUCCCCAGUCAGCAGAAGCAACUCACCAAAAGCCAGUGUCAUCAAUUCCUGUUACAGCACCCACUGUUACUCCUCCUGCAGUCUCCACUCCCCAAGUUCCAUUAGCUCCAAUUCCCUUACCAAUUGACUUGCCACUCUUCCCUCCACUCAUGAUGCAUCCCAUGCCUCUGCAGGGUCUGCCCCCUCCACUACCUGUACAUCUGCCCUCUGUUGAGACUGGACUCACACCUGACUUAACUCAGCUCUAUCAGCAUCAGUUAACUCCUGCCAUGAUGCAGCAGCAGCAGCAGGGUAAAAGACCUCGCACCAGGAUCACAGAUGACCAGCUAAGAAUUCUGCGGCAGUAUUUUGACAUCAAUAACUCUCCAAACGAAGACCAAAUCCACGAAAUGGCCAACAAAUCGGGUCUCCCGCAGAAAGUUAUUAAGCACUGGUUCAGAAAUACACUGUUCAAGGAACGCCAGCGCAAUAAAGACUCUCCAUACAAUUUCAGCAAUCCACCCAUCACCACACUGGAAGAUGUCAAAGUGGAUUCCAGGCCAUCCUCUCCUGAACCUCUAAGGCAUGAGUAUUCUGGGGGAAGGAGGUCUUCAAGAACCAGGUUUUCUGACUACCAGCUGAGGGCCCUGCAAGAUUUCUUUGAUGCAAAUGCUUAUCCUAAAGAUGAUGAAUUUGAGCAACUCUCAAACCUCUUAAAUCUUUCCACUCGUGUCAUUGUCGUGUGGUUUCAAAAUGCUCGUCAGAAAGCUCGGAAGAACUAUGAGAACCAGGAAGAGGGAGCGAAAGAAAGUGAACAUCGAGAGUUUUCCAAUGAUCGCUAUAGGCGUACCUCGAACAACAACUAUGAGUGUAAGAAAUGCAGCACAGUGUUUCAACGCAUUUUUGAUCUUAUCAACCAUCAGAAGAAAGUUUGCUAUAAAGAUGAUGAUGAGGAAUUGCUUGGUGAGCAGAAUGAUCUAUUUAUAGAUCCUAAAUCUUACAGUCCAUCUGAAGCCACUCCAGCUCCCUCCUGCUCCAGCCUCUCAAAUGAUACUGAGCCCCCUAUGGAUGUAAAGUCUACAGAUAAACAGCAGAUAGACCCUGAGCAGCCACAUCAAGAUGCCACCAUUUCUGAUUCCCUUACUGAGGAUAUCAAACAGGAAAUACCUUGUGACCCUGAACCAUGUCCUGGUGACUCAAAGCUUAAUGAGUCAAAUCCAGCCCCAAAGCUGUCCAACAAAGAGAUGGAACAAGCAAGUGCUACAAAAUUUUCCUCACCCACCAUUCAGCAAAGCAAAAAAUCAAACCCGUCAGUCACCCAGCCAAGUCCAGUUCCAUCACAGAGCUCUCAGAAAAGUUUUACCUCUCUGGCAAGUCCUUCUCCUCAGCAACACCUAAAGCCAUCACAGCCGGUGACUCCUUACCACUGCAUUCAGUGCAAGUUGAGCUUCCCCUCUUUUGAGCACUGGCAAGAGCAUCAACAGAUGCACUUCCUUGUUGCCCAAAACCAUUUUGUUGCCCCACAGUUCUUGGACCACCCUGUGGACAUUCCUCUUAUGCUUUUUGAUCCAUCCAAUCCACUGCUGGCCAGGCAGGUACUUUCUGGAGCUUUUCCACAGAUCUCAGCCAGUUCACCUUCAGUUGCAGCAAUUCCUGACUCAACCAUAAACUCACUGAAGAGGAAACUUGAGCAGAAAUCUGGAAACAGUUCUGUGGAAAAUGACUGGGAGAACAAUGGCGAUGAUUCCCAGAGAGACAAACGCAUGAGGACCACAAUUACUCCAGAACAACUGGAGGUGUUAUAUCAGAAAUAUCUCUUGGAUUCCAAUCCUACACGUCAAAUGCUUGACCACAUUUCCCAGGAAGUGGGCCUCAAAAAACGUGUGGUACAGGUCUGGUUCCAGAAUACUCGAGCUCGUGAAAGAAAAGGCCAGUUUCGUGCUUUGGGACCAGUGCAAGCCCACCGACGCUGUCCAUUCUGUCGAGCUCUCUUUAAAGCACAGACUGCCCUUGAUGCUCACAUACGCUCACGUCACUGGCAUGAAGCAAAGAGUGCAGGAUACAGCAUGGCAAUAGCUGGUAUGACUCAAGAUCAGGAAGGCUCUCAGUUCAAAAUGGAUCCGUUUAAUUUUUCCAACUGUUCACAGAUGCCAAACCCAGGUGACGGUUUGAGUUGCCCAGAGUCCCCAACAAGUAAAAGCUUAGAUCUGUCCUCGCAUCAGCAGCGUUUGAGUCCAAAGCCACUGAAGAGUGGGGGAUUGAAUGACUUUGAAGGAUCUCUUACAGCUCAAGAGACUUUUGAACGAAGCAAAGAUAACUAUGAGGUUGCAUCUAUGAACUUAGCCCACAAUGGAACCAUGACUCAUGAAGAAAAUUACUCUGCUGAGGGAAAACCCAAUAGCAUUGAUCAGUUGUCUUGUAGCUCUGAGAGAGAGGCCUCUUCAGAAAAUGAAGACAAGAUAUCUUCAGGGUUGGUUAGCCCUGCAAUGAGUUUUAGUGCUAAGGAUUUCGAAAACGAUUUGGUCUUGGAUUACAGUGAGAACUCAAGCUUAGCAGACCCUGCCUCUCCCUGCCCUGGAGGAUCCCACAGUCAAAGCUUUGAGAUUGACAAGCAUGGCCACAAACGCUACCGAACCCAGCUAAACAAUCUGCAAGUGAAAGUACUUAAAGCCUGCUUCAGUGACUACAAAACCCCCACCAUGCUGGAGUGUGAAGCGCUGGGAAAUGACAUUGGACUUGCCAAGAGAGUAGUGCAGGUGUGGUUUCAGAACGCCCGUGCCAAGGAGAAAAAGGCAAAGCUCAGCCUCGCAAAGCAGUUCGGCACAGAAAGCACAUGUAAAGAGAGACCCAAGACAGAAUGCACUCUGUGCUCUGUGAAGUACAGCGGUUGUCUCUCGGUGCGGGACCAUGUGUUCUCCUCACAGCAUCUUGCUAAAGUGAAAGAAGCUUUGGGAGGACAAAUGGACAGAGACCGGGAGUGUAUGGACCCUACAAGUGUUUGCCAACUGAUGACUCCUCAAGGCAUGGAUCAGCUGAAAAGGGCAAGUGAGGUCUUGUCGGGAAUCCAACCACAGUCUGCAGAGACGUCAGGGGGCUUUGCUCACAGUACCCCUCAGUAUUUUAACUUAUCCACUGCUAGCAUACCAGGGAUUGGCAGUUCACCAGUAGCAAGCAUCUCUUCAACAAAAUCAGAUCCUAGUGAUGCCUCCUCAAGUGGACUGAUCGGCAAACAUAUGCCAUCCUCCUCUUCCUCCAUGUUAGCUACCAUUGAUAAAGACCAAGUUAGCACAACCAACUCUGUCUUAACCCCAAAGACAUCAGAGUUGGCCUCACAUCUCCAGUUUUCCAAAGAGAGUAACUCCGAGAAUCCCACUGAAAAGGUAGAGAGGGCUCCUGUUGGCAGUGCUACUCAUUCCAGCUCUUCUUCCACCAAUAAAGAAAAGCAAGAGUCUUUCACACCAGCGACAACUACACCAAAACCUGACAAAGAGUAUACCAUGGAAGCAGCUCAGCUACUAGCUCUGCAAGCAGCAGGGGCCACAGAUCAGUCUGCCCUGCUCCAAAAUUCCCUCCUUCCCUGUCUUAUUCCAGGGUUCCCUCCAAUCUUCCCACCUCAGAUCCCCACAGCUCUUACUGGAAGCUUUCUGCAGCCAAUGUUUGGCAUGGAAGGCAUGUUCCCAUAUAGCCCAGUCUUGCCACAGGCUCUAAUGGGCUUGUCCCCAGGUUCCAUUCUCCAACAGUAUCAGCACAAUUUGCAGGGCGCACUGAUGCAUCACCGGCUGCAGCUCCAACAGAAACAGCUACUGCAGCAACCACAGAAAAUUAAAGCCAGCCAAGUCUCUGUUCCAGCUCACUCUCAGGACCUUGCUUAUAACAAAGAGCUCGUCCUGGACGCGUCCAAACCUGAAGACGUUCAAGGCACUAAGAAGCUGGAUGAUGGCUUCCUAAUGAGCCAAUGUAUUGUCUCCAAAGGAACGUGCAGAGAGAGGGAGAAGGAUGUUUGUCUGUAUGAUUGCCUUGCCUGCAAGAUCUCUCUCAGCGGGAAUGAAGAGCUUAUCCAGCACCUGGAGGACCCUCUGCACAGACAGAGAGCAGCGGAGCAGCCAAAUGCCAAAGAGCAUGCUUCUCGUCUAUUACCUCACAUCAGCCCCUCAUCUACCUCGCAGCCAAACCCACCAAGCAACCAGAAAUCCCCUCCAGCGUCCCAGCCCAAGCCGUCUGCUCCUGAGACUUCUUCUGCCAAUGCUUUCACCCAUAGCACUUCAGCCAGUCAGUGUUCCCCAACUCCAUCAACCUCUACAGCUUUAACUGGGGUCGCACAAGCGUCCUGUACUCCAGCUUCCCCGUCACUACCAGUUCCCUUACCCUCAACUCUUACCUCAAGCCUAAGUGGUUGUCAUCCAAAAACAACAGACUCUACCAAUGUUUGUGGUGAUAGAGCAGCAGAAGAACAAGAGUCCACAUAGUAUACUGGAGCUAAAGGCUGAACCCUGACUGUUGCAUCUGUAGCUCUACUUUUGCCUGCCUUGGAACAGACUCCUCCAUUGUAUUGUAAAACAAAAAAAAAGAAGAAGAAGAGAAAAAACAAAAAAACAAAAGUAGGAGGACUGGGAGAGAAAAAGAGAGAGGAAACUCUCAGUAUUAGGAGACGUGUGGUGGAUUAAAGAAAACAUACACAAGAUGAUAGAUAUCCCAGCGAUAAUUUGAAAAGACUUUUAAAUGAACUGUAUCCUGUAGGAUAAAACUUGCAUUUCAAAUGCUCGUAACCAAAAAAAGAAACGUGUCAGUAGAAUGUUUUCCCUUGUCAAUAUGCUGGUCAACUAAAACUUGAGAAUAGGUAAACACUGUUUGGAGACUGAAGUGUGUGCACAGCUAUAAGGACUGGAGUAGAACCUAAGAUGGUUUUCUGAUUACCUAAUAACGAACUAACCAAAAGUCUGUUUAUUCUUUAUUCUAUGUUUUAAACACACUCACACAAACACACACACACAGAAUAAUAUAAAAUAUUGGCUUGCUGAACUAAUGUAAUGUAUUUUAAUGUUGUCUACUCUCAGGUCAACAUCUAUUCCUUACGUUCUGCUUCUGAACAUUGGUGUUAAAAACAGCAGUUCUGAGUAGUUCUGAUACGUACCAAGAGAAAAUAAAAAAUCCAAAAGUUAAAUUGUUAGGAUUGGAAACUUGCUUUUCCUUUUAUAUUGGACACAAAGAGUAUUGCAGACUUUAAUUGUGAGAAAAAUAGUUUUUGUUUUGUUUUUAAAUGGAGAUUUAAAAAAAAAAAACUGUGUUAAUGAUAGAUACAUGUAUUGACAUUUUGGUGUUGGUUGAGUAGAUGAUUGUUGAAUUCAAAUGACUUAAUUGUAUGGUAGAUUUAAAAAGAAAUGACUUGUAUAUUUAAUUUUUGUACCAUCCCAAGCAAAGACACUUGUUGAGGUUGUUUUCAGCCAUACCAAUGUUAACUUUAACUUUACUCCCCCAAACCAACCCAAGCUAGCUGAACAUUGUUACUGUACAACCUCCCCUCCUGUGCUGAGCCAAGUUAAAGGACCAUAUCUGUAAAUUAAUUAACCGUUAAUGCAGAUUUAAGACCUUUUUUUGUUGUUUGUUUUUAGAUUUAUUUGAUUUGUGCACUUAAUUCCAACUUUUUUAACCCUCUGUACUGUAAUUCCUGCUUUUUUACUUUGUCAAAAGUAGUUUCUUAUUCUCCUCAACAAAGUAUCUUUUUUCCUGAAUGUUUCUGCACUUGCCAUAUGUGGUGACAACAACAAUAAUGUUACUGAUGAAAACAAUAAUUCCUCACAGUAUUGCUUUAAAGGAAAAUCCAAAGAUAAAGUACCAUUGGUGCAUACAAAGGAUGGGAGAAAAAAAAAACUCUUUAUAUUUGAGCAAAUGUUACUGUUUUUAAGGAAUGGAAACCUUUUUAGAUGAUGGAGCCAGCUAUGAGAAUACUGUUUAAGAACAUUUGUGACCUCAUAUAUAAAACAAACAGAAAACCAAAAACCACAAAGCCUCUCUGCUGAGGGUAUGGGACAGCACCGUAGUUCAGCCAUUGCAGUUUGUAAUAUAGAUGGUUUUACCUUCUCUGUGACUGGCCUCUUGACCUUUGUUUCUCUUUGUCUGUUUACUUUCUCUCGUUUUUGCUAUAAAUGUACCGGGGUUUGAUUUCUAAGGAAAGACAGUGUGCUGCUAAUGUAGUUUUGUAUUGAUACUAAGAUGCAUGCUUGAUUUUGCUUUCUCGCUGAAGCUUUAACGGCUACAGACAGUAGCCCAAACCCCGCCUCCACUUCGCUGCAGCUCCGCCCACACUCCAAGAACUACUGUGAAGACUGUGAAUGAAUAUCCAUUAACCGUGCUCUUUUCUCCUCUUUAAACAACCAAUGUUAAAACUGAACCAACUAAUGUUGAAAACCAAUGAUGUUAUAUUUAUACAAAGUUUGCAUUCCAAAUAUCACAUUUGUUGUUUCAGUGGAUUUUUUUUUUGUUCUUUGGUUUUUUCGUGUUCUCCUGUUCGGAGGAACCGUACCGUGUUCACUCAUAUCUCGAGUCUGGACUUGCUGUGAAGGACUCUGUUUACUGUAUGUGCUCCUGGAAAUGUUGUUACUGUUGCGAUCGCCAAAUAAUGUACAUGUUCAUUAUGCACUUGUGUUUAUCAUGUGAGUCAUUGGGCUAGUGUCUCUCCCAUCCUCUCUUAUACAAGCAUUCAAAUUCAAUAAAGUCUGUUUCGUUUUACUACACCA